CAUCACUGGCACUCGCUCGACUUGCUUUCGAACAUCUACGCUCCCUCAAUACUCUCGAACUCACGUCGAAGAAGAUGUCUCCAGUGCUCAGACUAGGCGUCGACGUCGGCGGGACGAAUACCGACGCCGUCCUCCUCAACCUCACCCACACCCUCGACUCCCACUCCCACGACAUCCAACACAAAACCGUCCUCGCCUCUGCUAAGAGCCCUACCACUCCCGAUGUGACGACGGGGAUCAGGAAUGCCAUCCAGUCUGUGUUGCACCAGGUGCCGGGAGACGCGAAGAAGGAUAUUGAGGCGUUGAGUAUCGGGACUACCCACUUCGUCAAUGCGUUGGUGGAGAGGAACGCGAGUCGAUUGGACAGAGUGGCGGUCAUACGGCUCUGUGGCCCAUUCAGCAGGAAGACCCCGCCGUUCGUCGGGUUUCCUUGGGAGCUUAGACAUAUAUUGGAAGGACCGCAUUUCUUCGUGAAUGGAGGGCUACAGAUCGAUGGGAGCGAGAUCGCACAAGUGGACGAGAAGGAGAUCGAAGCAGCCGCAGAGGAAAUCAAGAAACAAGGCAUAAACGCAAUCGCAAUCGUCUCCGUCUACUCCCCCAUCGACUUCACCUUCUCCCACGAACCCCGUGUUUCUCGCCUCCUCCACAAGCUCCUCUCCCCACACAUCCCCAACCUCGGCAUCGUCUGCUCCCGCGACAUCUCCAACCUCGGACUUCUGGAGCGCGAGAAUGCUACGAUCAUGAACGCCGCGCUCCUGAGGUACGCCAAGCUCACGACGAAGAGCUUCGAGCAAGCCGCGAAAGAGCUGGGAUUGGGCGGACGCCCGGUGUUCGUGACGAGUAAUGAUGGGACGUUGUUGAGUUGUGAGGAGGCGGGGAGGGUGCCGAUUCGGACUUUCUCGUCGGGCCCUACGAACUCGAUGCGUGGCGCGGCGUUCCUCGCUUCCUUGGAGGCGGGGAAUAAACCGGGCGUGAAGGGCGAGGCGGCGUUGGUCGUCGAUAUCGGGGGGACUACCACCGAAGUCGGGAUGCUAUUACCGAGCGGUUUUCCCCGUCAAGCAGCAGCACAUCACGAACUCUGUGGCGUCCGUCUGAAUUUCUCUAUGCCGCACGUAACGAGCAUCGGCCUCGGCGGUGGCUCCCUCGUCCGUCAAGACUCCACCACGGGGCGCGUCACCAUCGGGCCCGACUCGGUCGGAUAUCGGAUAACGGACGAGGCGCUCGUGUUUGGCGGGAAGACGAUGACGGCGACGGAUGUGGUGGUUGCGGGGGGGUUGGAAGGGGUCGGCGAUAAAUCUAAGGUUGCUCACUUAUUGCCCCACGGUUCAUCAUCCGGGGGCGAGGGAGCGUCGAAGAAGGCUGAGGCUGAGGGAUUAGUCGAGAAAGCGCAGGAGAGGAUCCGGAUGAUGCUCGAGAACACGUUGGACGCGAUGAAGACGUCCCAGGCGGACCUGCCGGUUUAUCUCGUUGGGGGCGGGUCCAUAUUGAUAAAAGAGGGGGUGAGGAUGAGGGGGGUUAGUAGGGUUUGUCGGUUUGGGUGGUUUGAUGUCGCGAAUGCGGUUGGUGCGGCUAUUGCGCAGAUCUCAGGAACAAUAGACACCAUCGCCGACAUCUCCACCAAGCCGAUGGCCGAAGUGCGUGCGUCGAUCGAGAAACAAGCGAUCGAGAAAGCGAUUGAAGCGGGUGCGGAUGCUGAGAAGGUCAAGAUCAUAGAGAGCGAGGCGAUCCCGGUCGCGUAUACCGCCGGCCGCUGCAGGUUCUACGUCAAAGCCGCGGGCGAAUGGAGCGGCGUGCCCAAGAGCUCCGAUACCGAUGCCACUUCCACCACCACUCCGGCGAGCAAAGUGAAGGAGGUGAAGGAGGAAGUGAAAGAGGCGGUGGAGACGUUCGGGGAGAAAGUGAAAGAGGUGUUCUAUCACAAGGCUGCGAACAAGGAAUCGAAGGGCGUGAAGAAGGAGGAGGUCGACGACGACCUCGAAACAGCGCAGGCGAUUUUGGACUACAAACCGCGCAUCACCGCUUCCACUGCGAACCCGAAGAAACUGGAAUGGAACAUCUCAGCGACGGACCUGGCCUGGAUCGCGGAGGGGUGCUACGUCCUCGGGUGUGGAGGCGGCGGCUCGCCGCAUCAUGUGUUUUUGCAGUUGAGGGAGGCGGUGAGGGCGGGGGAGGGCAUUAGGGUCGUUGAUCUGGGGUAUUUCGACGACGAAUCCAGCGAGGUAAAAGGCGGGGAAGGAGGACUGGUGGGGUGGGGUGGAGGGAUGGGAAGUCCGGAGGUUUCGUCAGAGAGGUUACUUGGGGAGGAGUAUGGACAGGCGAUGGAGGAGUUGUUGGAGUUUAUGCGGAUCGAUAAGCAGAGGUUGAAGGCGUUGGUGGCCCUCGAGAUCGGAGGCGCGAACGGGAUGAUCAACAUGACGCUCUCUUCCAGCGGAUGUAUGAACGUUCCUAUCCUCGAUGGUGAUUUCAUGGGCCGCGCAUACCCAACCGGCUGGCAAGUUACGCCGAACGUGUAUGAUCCCAGCGAACGUUCGCUCAACAUCCUUCCUGCUGCUAUUGCGAGUGGAGACGGGAAUUACAUGGUGAUGACGAAGGCGAAGAAGAGCAUGGACGUUGAUUCGGCGUUGAGGGCUGCUUGUUGCGAGAUGGGAACGCACGUCGGAUUCGCGAACAAACCUCUACCCGUCGCAGGAUCUCUCCUUCGUACCUCCAUGAUCCGGAACACAGUUUCUCUGUCGUGGAGAUUGGGAAGGGCGCUCGCUUUGGCGUCCAAAGGUGGGAAUAUUGGAAAUGUGGGUAAAGUGCUGGUCGAUGCGUUGGGAGGCGAGAAGACCGGAAGGAUAUUAUUUGGUGGAAAGAUCGUCGAUGUUACGAGGAGAGUCUACAAGGGCCACACGAUCGGCGAAGUCCACAUCGCUGCACUGGCGGUGGACGACGAAGAUGUGGAGGAUGGAGCGGAGGGAGCAGUGCAGAGGUUCGAGGGGACGAUGGUGAUUCCGUUCAAGAAUGAGAAUUUGUAUGCGGAGGUGGAUAAGGGGGAUGGGAGCGGUAAGAAGAUCGUAGCCACUGUACCCGACCUCAUAGCCGUCCUAGACGCCCAAUCAGGCUGUGCGCUCGGAACGCCAGACUAUAAAUAUGGACUGAGGGUGCUCGUGCUCGGCAUCACGGCCGCGCCGCAGUGGACAAGUACGGAGAGGGGGUUAAGGUUGGGCGAUUUGAGGGCGUUUGGGUUCGAGGGGAUACCGUAUGUGCCGCUGGGAGAGUACGUCCAGCCGAAGAGUGUGAUCGAGGAGUAUGGCGCUACGGCGUGUCAAUGAGGCGUGAGGCGUGGAUUCACGCCAUCGUCUACUGCGGGAUAGGUAUAUAGAGAAGAUAUAGGAUCCUUUCGUUCUUAUUGUUAUGCCGAGAUUGUCGUCGCUAUCAGCGAAUUUCUCUUCGAUAAGGGGACUAGAACACAACACCGUCAUACUCUCAAUUAAGACUCUCGAUACCUCCUCUUUGAGGCCGGUGAGGAAUACGGACUCUUACGACAGGAGCACGUCGGCAUAAUAUGGUCUUUCGACUCUUGACUGCUCAAGUCCGUUUGAGGUAGUUAUUAAAGCCUCGAGGUCUGGGUGCUGUCCGAGCCUUCAAUUUCCGCAGA